CACUGAUCAGAAAUGUGGCCAGCGAUAUGGCAAAUGAACAUUUGCUGUUAUAGACGAAAUACUUCGGCCUUAUAGCCAGCGGUUAUGCAAUCUGCUAGAUCUAGACAAGGCUCUUUAACGCCCAUUCUGGAGAGAGCAUGCGCAGUCCACCCGAAUAAGAAGGUAGCCGUUGUUUGUACGACCUGUAACAAUGAGUUCAUUUGCACCAAGUGUAUCAGCUCAGCUCAUAGGGGCCAUAGCUAUCUCGACCUGGAGGAUUUUCUUGACUCCAAGAAACAGGACAUCGCUGAGUUUUUAGAUACUGAGGAGAUCGAUAGCAAAAUUGCAACGAAACACGAGCAAAUCGAAAAGCUUGCAGAAACUAUAUCCGAAAACAGGCUUCGCACGGACAAUGUCAUUCAGGAGAUAAAAGUCCGAGCAGUGGAACUGAAAGGAGAAAUAGACAAAAUAGCAGCAGACCUCAUUCGGGAAUGUAAGGUCCACGGAAGCAAGAACCUCAACACUCUGGAGAAACUAGAACAGAACCUUACUCGCCAAUUGGCGUGUCUCAAAGCUGCCGCCAUUAGCCACCAGAAUGUGCCACUCGAUUCGUCCCCUUUUGAUGAUAUGCUACGUAGAGACUCUCUAAAGGACGAAUCGUACAACGACAUCCCCACUCUGACGUCACUACUCUUUAUCAAACAAGACGAACACUCAACCAUCUUAAGAACGUUGUUCGGGUCUCUGAGAUGUAUCACUGCGAAUGGUCCCUCUGACGUAGCUAAUUUCUCUUUGGUUAAAUCUGCAAUUAAGAAGGCGUCAACUACUGGUCGAGUGCUGGAUACCCUGACGGGCGUGGCAGAUGGGAAACACGUGCAGGCAAUAUUCCCUUGUGACGACAAUUCUGCAUGGCUCGUACCGGGAAAAAGUCAUAGAGUCAAACUCACGACACGGAAAGGCGAGGUCAUCCAAACCGUCACACUCGAGAGGGGUGUCGUUAUCAAUGACGUCAUGCGCACAGCCGAUAAAUAUUUGACGGCAGUUUGCUGUGACGAUGGCUCUGUGCGUCAAAUUCUGCCGAGUGGCAGGUCCCAAAACUUGUUCUCCACCGGUAUUAACAUAACAAAUCUUUGUGAGUUGUCCGCGUCCGGUUAUUUUAUAGCUUGUCAUUCCAUCCAACGGAAACUUGUAAAGUAUAAUCAGAAAGGGGACGUAAUCCAAACAGUGGACCGGGACGCGUACGGUGUCCGUCUGUUUACUAAACCUGUCCGAGUUCGCCUGAACAGAAACAAUGGAGAUAUUGCUGUCGUGGAAUGGUCCUCUCCGGAACACGUGAUCAUUAUGAACGACAAGCUACAGGUAAUAUCCCGCUUUUUUGGUGACUCAAAGCGACGUCAUUCGUAUGGUACUUACGGGUCCUUCAGAGGGCAUGGAACAAAGGAGAAAGGUCACUUCGAUCCCGCAGAUGUGAUCUUCACGAAGAAUAAUCACAUUAUCAUAGCCGAUGUUUGGACCAAUUCCCUGUUGAUGAUUGACAGAAAUGGAAAGAAGCUGAAAACAUCUUUCCAGUUUAACUUUCAGCCCCUGCGCCUUGGUUUACAGCCUAACGGGGACCUCUGGGUAGGUUCACAUGACGGGCACGUGCAGAUCAUGAGGUUCUGACGAGAAGCAAGCCUCCGUGCUGAAUCUGGCCUAAGAUCAAGGAUAUAUGUAACACCUACAACAAUGCAUGUAUUUUCUGUGUUGAGUGGUGUUAAAUUUGUUUGCAUGACCAUUUUUUUCUGUAACUUUUAACAAAGGCUACAUGCUUUCAAUGGCCUUUAUUUGGAAGCGUCGGAUCAAGCCUGGGGAUUGAGGACACACCAGGUAUAGUAUUUCCUCGGAUGUUAGUUUCAUCGCGCCUGCGACAGCAUUAAUGGUGCUCUAUUAUGACCCUGUGUUUAUGUGUACCCAAUCAGAUUACUUUGGGUGGUGACAUCGCUUUAUCUAGUAACAAAGUCCAACAGCAGUGUCCCCUUACGACUACGUUUUUAUUCAGAGGCUAUUUUUGUGGAUACGCUGCUAUUUUUCUAUACUAGGAAGUUUAACAUGUAAUUCGUCACUGGAUCACACCAUUAACGGUAUACAUCAAAGAGAUCAGUUACCAGUUGGUCAACUUCCGGGUAACAUUGAAAUGGUUGGUUGACUUAUUGAUCAACUUCCGGUAAACAAUGAGUUGAUCGGAGUACCCGUUGCUGAAAGUGAGGUGUUAUGUUGGGGAUGGUGUUAUCAUAUAACUGCUGUUGAACUUCCUGUUAUAGUCGGUUGUUCGAUAUGGAUCGGUGAAUAUCACUUUAUAUAUUUAGCUAUUGGUGGACUUCAGGUUAACAAAAGGGUGUUCUGUUUAUAGAGAGAUGUAGCUAACUGUGAACUUCCAGUUAACAGUUGAUCGUUCGGUUUAUAGAGUAAUGUAGCUAACUGUGAACUUAAAAGUUGAGUGUUCGGUUUACAGACAGACUUAUCUAAUGGUGAACUUCCGGUUAACAUUUGAGUGUUCGGUUUACAGACAGACUUAUCUAAUGGUGAACUUCCGGUUAGCAGUUGAGUGUCCGGUUUACAGAGAGACGUAUUUAAUGGUGAACGAUCUGUUAACAGUUGAAUGCUCGGUGUACAGAAAUAAAGUACAUUAUGUAUCAGUGGACUUCCGGUUAACAGGGAGGUGCUAGGUGUCCCAAUAACAUUCUGGUUAAAGGUUCAGUGUACCGGGGCACAUUCACAACGAAAUAUGAUUGUUUUAUUAUAUCCAUUCUCAGCUUUAUAUUUGCAAAUGCAUCAGAAUAAAAAGAGCAAAACAU